AUGCGUAUAAUUGUUUUGGCGGUGUUUUGCCAGCAAAGAUAACUGGUGACGUUUUUUUUUAAUAGUGUUGUUUGCCAUAGUAGUUUUACAAUGGGCAGGCCUCCUCCCUGUAGGCCUGGCCAUGGAAAUUCGAAGGACAAGAUUAACAAAGCAAUAGUGAAAGGAGUGAUGUCCAAUGGUGGCAAAGUAGAGAAGAAAACCAAAUGCAAAAAGAUCAAUGAUGCUCAAUCUCGUGGACAAAGCCAGUCUUGUCACCAGUGUAGACAGUCCAUUCAUAGCAACAAAGGUUUAUCUGAGGUAAAGCAGGGCAAGGCAAGACUCAAAUGCAGCUCAUGCACCAGGUUCUGGUGUGAGCAGUGCUUGUUGAAUCGCUAUGGUGUUGUAAAGGAUGAGGCCAACCCCACCACCUGGUCCUGUCCUGUUUGUCAGAAAAUGUGUAAUUGUUCAGUGUGUCGGAGAAAGGAGGGAAAACUGGCGACAGGGAUCCUCACCCCCUUGGUUAAGAACUCAGGGUUUGAGAGUGUAUCCGACUUCCUAGACAAAGGCACCACUGACAUUGCCAAGGUCCUGCAAUGGAGCUCCCCUGCUGAAACAGAUGCAGAGGGGAAAAAGCAACCAAAACAUUCACCCUCUCAAUCUGCAUUACCAAAAAGCAGGCCAAAGACGUCUACUCACCGAAAGAGUUGCAGAAAUAAAAAUCAUCAGGAUGUCUCUGCUGCAACCAAUGAAAACGAUGAACAUUUUCCAGAUAACCCUACGAAUUUCACUCCACAUCAAUCCUUACGCUCAGCUUCGACCUCGAAGGACCAACCACACAGACGCUCAACCAGGAAACGAAAGCAGUCUCAUUCUUAUUCUACUGAAGAUUUCCGUAGGGAUUCAGUCUCUCCUGAGCACUCCCCUUCUGUAGAAUCUGUAGCCUGUUUCAGAUCACCCGUAUGCAACUUUAAGUCGCCAAAUGAAUUGUCACCAAAUCUUGAACGUGUAUCUAAGAGUGACGAGAUUAUAGAAAUAAAAAUAACUGAGAAGCUCAACAAAGAACAAAUUGAAACCAUAAACCAGAAGAUGGCGGAAUAUCAGCAAAAGAUAAAGCAGGAAAAUGAAAGAAGUAGGGAAGAGAAAUGUUUGCAAAAGAAACUGCUUAUAGAAGAGAGAGCUAAAGAGAGAGAAGUGAGAGCUGAAGAAAGAAAGAGGAUGAUAGCAGAGAAAGCUCGUGCUAGCGAGAAGCUCAAACUGAAUAAGAUAAGAGCCAAAGAAAAGUUCAAACUUGCCCAGGGUGUAAAAAGACAAGCCUUGAAGAAGAUUCAGAGGUUACAAAAAGUGAAAGAGAGGUCAAGGAAACAAGAGUUGUUGGCUAACUUGAAAGAGAAAACUAAAGCGGAGAAAUGGAAGAAAUUGGAGCUAGCCACAACACCAUUUAGCUUGGAGAGAUCAGAGACCCAGGUCACAAUAGUGGAUGACAAUGUUGAAGAGUGUCUUGCCACUGGAGUCCCCUCCCUACCGUCCCUCCCCCCACUCACCCUUCCACGAAUCCCCAUGCAUCUUACCCCCAACAUUCUAUUUGUCGGGGAGUUUCUCCACACCUUUUCACGACCAUUGGGUCUUAAGAGACAGCUGACUGUGACUCAGCUGGCCACUGCACUGGCUAGUGGAAGGGGGAUGUCCGAUGUGUACCUUGCAUUGCUCAGGGUCCUGCUUGAUGAAAAAACUGAUUUGAGGAAGGAGUUAAGGACCUCAAAAAAACAGAGGGAUUUGGAAAAAGUGGCCAAGCUCUACCUCGCUAGAAAUAACAUAAAUGGUUUUGUGUCUAGUUCCAAAACUGAAACUCGUGUCAUUGAUGAGUCGGUGCAGCUGUUGGACCAUCUCUGCCACGAGGCACUCUGCUCGGCCAUCAUUACAGAGUUUCUUGAUUCCACAAAAGAGCGUCGUGAGCAGUUGAGGAGAGAACAAAGAACGAAGGAGAAGGAGGCCACUAAGAGAUUUGGGGAAAGAUUGAAGGCACUUUGUGAUGAGGGAGGGUCAAUUGAGGAGAUCAAACAGCGGAGAGAGCACUUUACAGAGGACCUGAUAUUACUGCGACAAACAUUCAAGGAGGAGCUUGCUGGCUGUCUUUGUGUGGAACGGAGCAACUCUCUGGGUAUGGAUCGCCACAACAGACUCUACUGGAAGUUGCAAUCUUUUCCUUGUUUGCUUGUGGAGGCCCACCCUGUGAUGUGUGGUGAUGAGGACACCGUUUGGUACAAAGUGGACAAGCGAUCACUGCUUGAUCAGCUCAUGGCAAGUCUUCAUCCAGCUGGUAGCCGUGAAAAGCCCUUGCACAAAUCCCUCAGUUUUCUCAGGGACACAAUCAUAAAUGACUAAUGUAACAUACAUAAUAUAUAAUUAUGCUCGUGUUGACUCUGUAUACAUAACAAUUGCAUGUGUUACAUUGAUGAACCAUGCAAUUUCUCGCUCAG